UUCAGCAAUUCACCCACUCCCAACCGGCCCCCGGAUCCCCCCAAUCCCAACGCAUCUUUUGCCCCGACACCGCACCAACCUCGCCGACUCCAUUCCAGGACCAGGACCAGCUCUCCAUCCAGCACCAAGCGGCAAGCACGCACGCUCCCACGCCAACGCCACGCCCCACGCUGGCCACGCAGCGGAAAUCGAGGCACGACGGAGCCGCCGGGAGGGAAGGAGAUUCCCUGGAGAAAGCGAGCAAGUGCGCAUCGAAAGCAGCAGUCUUCGUCAAAAGAGGCAAUCCCGGAGGCCGGCACGACAAGGAGCAGCAGCAGCAGGGGCAGGGGCAGGGCACACUCCCCAAUCCCAAUGGGGAGCAGGACCAGAGGAGGGAGUGGCAGCCGCAGCCGCUUGCUCUUCUUCCCUUUCAUCCUCUUGCUCCACCUCCUCUCUCUUCACUCAGCAGGCCCGUCGGUGGUGGUGUCGGCGGCGGGGUCCGGCGAGCCGUACGUGGGCGUGACGAUCGGCACGCAGGUGACGAACCUGCUCUCGCCGUCGGACCUGGCGUCGUUCCUGCGCGCGCAGCGCAUCACCCGCGUGCGCCUCUACGACGCGGACCCGCGGCUGCUGUCGGCGCUGGCCGCCUCGGGGGUGCGCGCCAUCGUGGGUGUCCCCAACGACGAGCUCCUGGCGCUGGGCUCCUCCCCGGCGACGGCCGCGUCCUGGGUCUCCCGCCGCGUGCUCCCCUUCGCGGGCGUCAACUCCAGCACCCCGAACGUCAUCUCCGCCAUCGCCGUCGGGGACGAGGUGCCGACCGCGCUCCCCUCGGCGCUGCCCGUGCUGCUCCCGGCCAUCAACUCCCUCGCCGCCGCGCUGGCCGCCGCCAACCUUUCCUCCAUCCCGGUGUCGACGCCGCUGCCCUUCUCCGUGGUGCUGGACCCGUUCCCGCCGUCGCAGGCCUUCUUCAACCAGUCCCUGGCCAAGUCGUUCGUGGCGCCGCUGCUCGCCCACCUCGCCAACACCUCGGCGCCGCUGAUGCUGAACCUGUACCCGUACUACUCGCUGAUGCAGAGCAAGGGCGUGAUCCCGCUGGACAACGCGCUGUUCCGGCCGCUGCCGCCGUCGCAGGAGAUGGUGGACCCCAACACGCUGCUCCACUACACCAACGUGCUCGACGCGAUGCUGGACGCGGUGCGCGUGGCCGUCCGGAACCUCAACGCCACGGGCGGCGCGAGCGUGCCGAUCCUGGUGACGGAGACCGGGUGGCCGUCGUACGGGGACCGGCGCGCGGAGCCGUACGCGACCAGGGACAACGCGGACGCGUACAACUCCAACCUCAUCAAGCACGUGCUGGAGGACAAGCCCGGCACGCCCAUGGCGCCCGGCGCCGGCGCGCAGUCCAGCGCCUACAUCUACGAGCUCUUCAACGAGGACCUCCGCCCGGGCCCCGUGUCGGAGGCGAACUGGGGCCUGUUCUACGGGAACGGCACCCCGGUGUACCUCCUCCACGUGUCCGGCGCCGACGGGUUCCUGGGGAACGACACGACGGACCGGACCUUCUGCGUAGCCGCCGACGACGCGGACUUGAAGGCGGUGCAGGCGGCCAUGGACUGGGCGUGCGGCCCCGGGCGCGCCGACUGCACGGCGAUACAGCCCGGGCAGGCGUGCUACCAGCCCGACGACGUGCGCAGCCACGCGUCGUUCGCGUUCGACGCCUACUACCAGUCCCAGGGCCGCGCCGCCGGCUCGUGCUACUUCCAGGGCGCCGGAAUGGUCACCACCGUGGAUCCGAGUCAUGACAGCUGUUUAUUUCCUGGAAGUAAGCUGCUGAGCAACAGCACUGGAUCUGGCAGCACGAACACAUCGACGCCCACAAGUGAUGCGGAGGGAUCUGCAAUAUGGAGAUUAAGAACUGGAAGGGACAAAGGGUUCUUCCUCUUCCUUCGGUUGGUACUUAGCAUUGCGGUGGUUAUCGUGGUGGAUUCGAACUUUUGGACAUGACAAGGGGUUGUUAGCUGUAUAACAAACUAAAACCAGAAAUUUUGGGUGGUAUGUUAGAGGAAGAAGGAGAGGGGGGCGGGGAUUGGUUUAUGCUUAGUGAUUCUUUAUUGUUAGAUAAGCACUAAUAAAUUGAUCAUUUUUCUUCAUCUAAUGAAAUGUGUCUAUAAUCUGCUGAAAUGUCUCAACAUUUCAAUCUA